AUGACCCAAGAUAUCACUAGCGACUCGCUCACCCUUCCCCCACCCCCUAUCGACGAGUACCCCUACAACCUUGGCAGCUAUUCAAAGACCGUGACAACAUCGUCCCCCGACGCGCAGCGAUGGUUUAACCGCGGUCUUACCUGGACUUAUGCGUUCCACCACCUCGAAGCUGUCCGUUGCUUCAAGUAUGCCGCGGCAUGUGACCCGUCAUGUGCCAUGGCAUACUGGGGUAUUGCCUAUGCUGCCGGUCCCAACUACAACAAGACGUGGGAGAACUUCGACACUGAGGAGCUGCGGUCGGCGCUUAUCGAGUGCCACCUCGCUGCCCUCCGUGCGGCCGAGUUGGCGACCGCGCCGCAAGAGAAAGCCUUGACGGCUGCCCUCGUGAAGCGCUUCCCCCUGCGGCGCGCUGAUAUCGACACACGGAUCCUCACGGCGGACGGCCCAAAAUGCGACGAGCUCGGCCAGUGGAACAGGGUCUACGCCGACGAGAUGGCCAAGGUCUACAAAGACUACCCCGACAACCUCGACGUGGCGGCCGUGUACGCCGACUCGCUUAUGCAGCUUGCGCCAUGGGAGCUGUGGGACAUCCAGACUGGCGCACCGCGUGAGAGGAGCCAGACGCUGCUCAUCAAGGAGGUUCUCGAGCGUGCGCUCGAGCAAUCUGCCGCCAUGUCACAUCCUGGUGUUCUCCACUUCUACAUUCACCUCAUGGAGCUCUCGCCCUGGCCUGAGCGUGCGCUGCAGGCAUCAGAUGCUCUUCUCGGCCUGGUUCCUGACGGAGGUCACCUGCAACACAUGCCAGGCCACAUUGACUUGUUGGUCGGCGACUAUCGCCGUGCCAUUGCUGGCAAUCUGCUGGCGAUCGAGGCAGACGAAAAGUACGUUCACCACGGCACUGCGAACGACUUUUACGCCUUCUAUCGUCUGCACGACUACACGUUCCCCAUUUACGCAGCCAUGUUCUCGGGUCAGUUCAAGGUCGCCAUGGACACGGUCGAGCGCAUGGAGACGUCGCUCUCGGACGAGUUCCUCCGCAUCCCCUCGCCCCCCAUGAUCGACUGGAUGGAGGGCUUCAAGACGUACCGCAUCGAGGUGCUGGUGCGCUUUGGCAAGUGGGACGACCUGCUCGCACUGCCAUUCCCGGACGACAGGGAGUUCUACUGUGUCACCACAACGUUCAUGCACUACGGCCGUGCCCUGGCGCUCGGCCUAACCGGCCGCCUCGACGAGGCGGAUGCCGAGCAAAAGCUCUUCCGCGAGGCUCGCGCUGCCAUCAAACCGAGUCGUCAGGCCUUUCCCAACCAGUGGCAGGACAUUCUCAACGUGGCCGAGGAGAUGCUCCAAGGAGAGCUCGUGUACCGCAAGGGCAACUUUGAGGAGGGCUUCGCGCACCUCCGCAAGUCGAUCCACUACGCGGACAACCUGGUGUAUGCCGAGCCGUGGGGCUGGCUCCAGCCACCAAGGCACGCGUAUGCAGCUCUGCUUCUCGAGCAGAACCGGGUCGAGGACGCUGCCAAGGUGUAUGCCGAGGACCUGGGCUUCUCGACAUCGCUGCCCCGAGCAGUCCGUCACCCCAACAAUGUCUGGGCUCUGCACGGCUACCACGAGUGUCUGGUGCGACUGGGACGCACCGCAGAGGCCAGCAUGCUUGUGCCCCAGCUCAGCGUUGCACUCGCAGUGGCUGACGUGCCCAUCGAGUCGUCGUGCUACUGCCGUCGGGUCAAGAAGGACUGCAAUGGGGCAUCGGAGUGUGCCGAGGCUUGUUCCAAGUUGUGA